AUGAUUCCAGUCACGGAGCUGCGCUACUUCGCGGACACGCAGCCGGCGUACCGCAUCCUGAAGCCAUGGUGGGACGUCUUCACCGACUACAUCUCCAUCGUCAUGCUGAUGAUCGCCGUGUUCGGGGGCACGCUCCAGGUCACCCAGGACAAAAUGAUCUGCUUGCCCUGUAAAUGGAUUACCAAAGACUCCUGCAACGACUCGGUCAGAGGUUGGACGGUUGCCAUUCCGGAGCGUACCUACUAUAACUCCAGUCUCGUCCCCUCUGCGGACGCCGGCCCCACGGGGAUCCAGUACGACCUGGACCGGCACCAGUAUAACUACGUGGACGCGGUGUGCUAUGAGAACCGCCUCCACUGGUUUGCCAAGUACUUCCCUUAUCUGGUGCUGCUACACACUCUCAUCUUCCUGGCUUGUAGCAACUUCUGGUUCAAAUUCCCAAGGACCAGCUCCAAGCUGGAGCAUUUUGUGUCUAUAUUGCUUAAGUGUUUUGACUCUCCAUGGACAACGAGAGCGUUAUCUGAGACAGUGGUGGAAGAGAGCGAUACCAAGCCAGCAUUUGGGAAAAUGAAUGGCUCCAUGGACAAGAAAUCCUCCACAGUCAGUGAGGAUGUGGAAGCCACCGUUCCCAUGCUGCAGAGAACAAAGUCUCGAAUUGAGCAAGGGAUUGUGGACCGAUCUGAGACCGGUGUCUUGGACAAAAAGGAAGGGGAGCAGGCCAAAGCACUCUUUGAGAAAGUGAAGAAGUUCCGCACGCACGUGGAAGAGGGAGAUAUAGUUUAUCGCCUGUACAUGAGACAGACCAUCAUCAAAGUCAUCAAGUUCAUUCUGAUCAUCUGCUAUACUGUUUACUAUGUCAACAACAUAACGUUUGAUGUUGACUGCAAAGUGGACAUCGAGAGCCUGACUGGCUACCGGAUGUACCGCUGUGCUCAUCCUCUGGCCACGCUCUUCAAAAUCUUGGCCUCUUUCUACAUCAGUCUGGUGAUCUUCUAUGGCUUGAUCUGCAUGUACACGCUCUGGUGGAUGCUGAGGCGAUCGCUCAAGAAAUACUCCUUUGAGUCCAUCCGGGAGGAGAGCAGCUACAGUGACAUUCCUGAUGUGAAAAAUGACUUUGCUUUUAUGCUCCAUCUGAUCGAUCAGUACGACCCCCUCUACUCCAAGCGCUUUGCAGUCUUUCUGUCAGAGGUGAGUGAGAACAAACUGCGGCAGCUGAACCUCAACAACGAGUGGACUUUGGAGAAGCUGCGCCAGAGGAUCACCAAGAACUCCCAGGACAAGCUGGAAUUGCAUCUCUUCAUGUUGAGUGGCAAUGAGCUGGAAGUCUUGAAGCUGGAGCUCAUCCCUGAUGUCACUAUUCCCCCAAGCAUUGCUCAGCUCACCAGCCUUAAGGAACUGUGGCUCUACCACACAGCUGCCAAAAUUGAAGCUCCAGCCCUUGCCUUCUUGAGGGAGAAUUUGAAAUCUCUCCACAUCAAGUUCACAGACAUCAAGGAGAUUCCUCUUUGGAUUUAUAGCCUGAAGACACUAGAGGAGCUUCAUCUGACAGGGAAUUUGAGUGCUGAAAACAACCGGUACAUUGUGAUAGAUGGAUUGAGGGAGCUGAAGAGGCUGAAGGUGUUGAGGCUGAAGAGUAACCUCACCAAGCUGCCGCAGGUGGUGACAGAUGUUGGUGUGCAUCUUCAGAAGCUCUCCAUCAACAAUGAGGGCACCAAGCUCAUUGUUCUCAACAGCCUUAAGAAAAUGGUCAACUUGACAGAGCUUGAGCUGAUCCGUUGUGACUUGGAACGCAUUCCUCACUCUAUCUUCAGCCUCCACAAUCUGCAGGAGAUAGACCUCAAAGACAAUAACCUAAAGACCAUUGAAGAAAUCAUCAGCUUCCAGCAUUUACAUCGUCUCACUUGCCUUAAGUUGUGGUACAACCACAUUGCCUACAUCCCCAUGCAAAUAGGCAACCUAACCAAUCUAGAACGCCUUUACCUGAACCGUAACAAGAUCGAGAAGAUCCCCACACAGCUCUUCUAUUGCCGAAAGCUUCGCUAUUUGGAUCUCAGCCACAACAACUUGACUUUCAUACCACCAGACGUAGGACUUCUACAGAACCUGCAGAAUCUGGCUGUGACAGCCAACAGGAUUGAGAGUCUGCCACCGGAGCUGUUCCAGUGCAGGAAGCUGAGAACCUUGAACCUGGGGAACAACGUGCUGCAGUCGCUGCCGUCGCGGGUGGGGGAGCUGACGAGCCUGUCGCAGAUCGAGCUGCGCGGGAACCGCCUGGAGUGCCUGCCCGUGGAGCUGGGGGAGUGCCCGCUGCUCAAGCGCAGCGGCCUCGUGGUGGAGGAGGACCUCUUCAACACACUGCCCCUGGAGGUCAAAGAGCGGCUCUGGAGGGCAGACAAAGAGCAAGCCUGAACACCUGGAGAGAAAAGAAAAAAGGGAAAAGCCUCUGACCCACUAGAAAGAAGCAAAAGGCCAUUCCAGUCCCCUUUUCCCCAGAUCCUCCCCUUUCUCCCCUCGAUUCCUACCAGGUUAGCCAAGGAGUCCCUGAACAAACAUGACUCUGAAUGAGGUGGCUUCUUGCCUCGGACACAGCAUGGGGGAAGCUUGGGAUCAGGAUGAGGAUCAAGACAGAUUAGUUGGCCUCUGA